AUGAGUCGUGGCUUUAGUUUUCGACUCUUGUAUCGAGUCGUUUUCUUUUCCUUCUGUCUGAUUUUCGCCUGUUUUUAUCAUGGUGGUGGUUCAGAGUAUGACAGGCGAGAAGAUAAAACAGACAAAUUAAAAGAUGAAUUCAAAGGUAAACCCUUGAAUGUUGACGUUUCUCUUGAACAAGACAAACGCGUCCCUAACUUGACAGGAAACGAUAAACAAAUUGAUGGCCGCAAGGCGCGGAAGAAAACUGUUCUUUCAAAGAUGGUGAGAAAAGGUAAAUUUUGAAAAUGUGAGAAUGUUUGCACUUCAGAAGAAGUAAUUCUUAACCAUAAUUUAUUUUUAGGAACUGCGAUGAAGACACUCCGAUAUGAAAGAAUACAAAAAAGUCCAGUACUGCCUUUUUCAACUUCAUCGCCGUCUGAGGUAAACGUUCCACGCGAAGAAUCGACAACCAUCUCCCACUCAAAUGAGACAGAAAGGCAAAACGAUGGCAGUAAAAAUACAUCUUCAUUGGAAAAUCAAAUUUUUCACCAGAAUGACUCGAGGGAAACAGCCAAAAAAGAAACGUUCGCUUCACUCACAACUCAACAUCUCCGGAAUAGACGUGAAAUUGAUGCGAUCUUGGAAAGUCCGACCGAAUGCGCCAAUUUUACCUUUACUAUAAAGUACGAAGAUAACUACAGAGUAUGGAACAACUUUUCAAUGAUGUACCGAAGCCGAAUGUACCGUUAUAACGAGUACAGAGUAACGGACGAUGGUCUACAAGUUUGUAAUUCUUCUGACACCCUUAUUAAACAAAGAUGGCGGGAUUUGAUUGCUCGGGAAAAGAAAGUGUUCGCUUCCAAAUAUUGUAAUGUAUCCGUGGAAGCGUUUUACUACUACAAUUACACAUUAUACAAAAAUUUUACUGUUUUCUUCAAACCUACUGAGCAGAGUUUCCCAAGGCAAGAUUACGGAGUGACUUUUGGAUAUUUUGCAAUUUGUUCGUCAAAGCUUAGUCUGUCCUGCAAUGAUUAUUUGAUUAAAGUGAAAUACGGCGAUAAGUGCAACGUUUUUAAAAACUUUUCGCUGUUUUACAACAACAAGAUGUAUGAUUAUCGUGAAUAUCGACUCGGAAACGAAGGUCUUGAAAUGUGUGCUUCCAAUGAUUCAAGAAUUCGGGCCGUUUGGAAAACUCGAAAUUCGUGGAAAAAGUUGAAAGACGUAUUAUUAAAAUGCCGUGGAUCUCUUCCUACAUAUUCAGUAAAGUAUUACGCUGUGAAUAAGCAGUUCACUGUCUAUUUGCAACGUCGUGGUCAAUAUUUCACAAGAAAUGAGUAUGGGGUGAAAGACGGUAAACCUUAUAUAUGCAAAGAAAAGUUAAAAUCCAUAUCAACAGAGUAUACCCAGGAAGAUCUAUUAAUGUGCAUCGAUUCAAUCAUCAAUAUCAAAUACGAUGAUGAAUACAAAGUUCGGACUGACUUUUCAAUACUCGAUAAGAACAAGGUGUACGAUUAUACUGAGCAUCGAGUUCUGAAUGAUAGCAUAAAGAUUUGUAACUCCACUGAUAACUACGUAAGAAAUAUUUGGAAAGUACGCAAUAAAUGGAUAAAGGCGAGAAUGCAUCAAAAAAGUUGUAAUAAACCCAUUAGAGAGUAUGCAUGGUUGUAUCAAGACCAUUACGCUGUGAAUAAGCAGUUCACUGUCUAUUUGCAACGUCGUGGUCAAUAUUUCACAAGAAAUGAGUAUGGGGUGAAAGACGGUGAACCUUAUAUAUGCAAAAAAAAGUUAAAAUCCAUAUCAACAGAGUAUACCCAGGAAGAUCUAUUAACGUGCAACGAUUCAAUCAUCAAUAUAAAAUACAAUGAUGAAUACAAAGUUCGGACUGACUUUUCAAUACUCUAUAAGAACAAGGUGUACGAUUAUACUGAGUAUCGAGUUCGGAAUGAUAGCAUAAAAAUUUGCAACUCGACUGAUAACUACGUAAGGAAUAUUUGGAAACUGCGCAAUAAAUGGGUAAAGGGGAUAAUGCAUCAAAAAAGUUGCAAUAAACUCAUUAGACAUUCUUGGUCGUUUGGAGAGUACUACACUGUGAAUAAGCAGUUCACCGUCUAUUUGCAACGUCGUGGUCAAUAUUUCACAAGAAAUGAGUAUGGGGUGAAAGAUGGUAAACUUUAUACAUGCGAUGAAAAGUUCAGACCCAGAUCAUCAGAGUAUACGCAGGAAGAUCUAUUAAUGUGCAACGAUUCAAUAAUGAAUAUAAAAUACGAUGAUGAAUACAAAGUUCGGACUGAUUUUUCAAUACUCUAUAAGAACAAGGUAUACGAUUAUACUGAGUAUCGAGUUCUGAAUGAUAGCAUAAAGAUUUGUAAUUCCACUGAUAACUACCUACGGGAUAUUUGGAAAGUACGGAAUAAAUGGGUAAAGGCGACAAUGCAUGAAAAAAGUUGCAAUAAACCCUUUAGAACCCUUCGGUUGUACCGAAAGUAUUAUGCUGUGAAUAAGGAGUUCACUGUCUAUUUUGCAGCUACGAGUCAAUAUUUCACAAGGAAUGACUAUGGGGUGGAAGACGGUAAACCUUAUACAUGCCAAGAAAAGUUGA